GGGUAUUUUUGUAAGUUACCCAAAAAAAAAUUGAGGUAGGCUAGCCCAUUUGAAAUCAAUUGUUGGUGGGCUAAUAUGGACUACUAUAUUACCAUUUGGAAAUUACAUCAGACCAGGCCUUUGAAGAAUACAAUGCAAACAUCAGUCAGGAAGGUUUUUUAAGCAUAGUUCAGGUAUUGAGUUUUAUUAAUUAAAUAUUAUUUUAAUAUUUAACAAUAUUAAUAAUAAAAUAAUAAUUAUUUUAUUAUGGUGCGUUCUGUUAAAUAUCUAAAUUCAAACUACUAGUAUUAUCAAAACCAUUCUCUCUCUCCCUCUUCCCCCACUAUCUCCGGUUACUUCAUUCACACUUCGACCAUUUCUACUACAUUUUCAGCCUGUAAUUUCCACUAGUCUCUGUAUUACCAACCAAAACCGUUAUAUUCAUUACAUAAUCCAUUAGUUAUUGGUAGAAUAUAUUCACGACAAUUGAAGUUUUUGUUGGCGACAUAAAAUGGAGAAAUCCAAGGGUGCAGAAAGGGUGACUAAUGUUGAAGAGUUGUCACAAAGAAGUCGCAAGAGGAAGGAUGAGGGGAGCCCCGAAAAAAACCCAUUGAAAAAGCACGCAGUGACUGUGCGGAAAGGGUUAUCAAAAAAGGUUUGGGAAUUCAAAAUACCAAAAGAGAGCUGAUUUCCAGACAAGAUUACAAUCUCAGUUAGUAAGGGUGCUCUAACCACCAUUCAGACAAGUUAAGUCAAUGACAAAAACUUAUAUUGAUGGACAAAUGUUUUGCCCAUUUCUUGGAUUUUCAUGAAAUUGUGAUAUAGUCGCAAUUGAUUCACUACUUCCUUCUGAGGCAUGUUCAUUACCCGAACGAUUAAGAAAUGUGGUUUUAUGUGUCCGGGCGAUAUGCUCGGUUCUCUAUCUCGGAGUUUUGUUUAGUCACGGGGUUGAGGUGUUCUGGGUAUAAUGAUACACAAGUGUUUGAAAGUCAAUAGUCACAGUUAAAUGCAAAAUAUUUUUCUCAAGUGCACAGUGUAACCCACGAAGACAUAAAGUCCACUUUCAUAUCUGCUUGCCAAAUGCCGGACUUGGAUCUUGUUGAAGCCCUUCUAGAUAAGGUCGUUGCUAUGAUUGGGACGCUGUACUUCAUCACCGCAUAUCUAUUUCCCAGAGUUUAUAAGAAAGUUGUUGACCACUUCCUAUUCGUGCUCGUUGAGGAUUUCUCUGCAAUGAAUCAGUUUCCGUGGGGCAAGUUAUUAUUUGAAAUUAUGUUGAGUGCAUUGAAAGAUGGGUUAAGUAGGAGGAACUCACACUAUAGGCUACGAGAUAUGUUGGUAGCCUUUCAAGCAUAGAUAUUUGAGAUUUUUCCUAGCCUUGAUGGAAUUGUGGUCACACGGAUAUCAAUGAUGCAUUUCCGCAUCAAGAACUGAAUUGCAGAUGAGCAACCAUCCAUUGCCAAGUUGGAAGGACCUGACUGCUUCUCUAAUCCUAACAUUGAGAUUCGUGACCUAGAACCUUCGAAAACUAAAAUGGCCAUGCAAUAAUGAGUGGUGUCAAGCACAAGAAGCCAAUUCAACUGAAGUUCUCACGAGACAACCGCAGAGAUAAGAGUAAAAUAGAAAGGUCAGUUGACCGUGCCGGUACGAGUGGGAAGUCAGGUCCAUCAGUGUUAUUGCUAACAGACAGCAGUGUUCGACGGGCUCGUGUUCCCCACAACAACGAUGAUAUCCUCCUCCAAGAUGGUAGGAGAUAUCUCCCCUUGAGAAAUCUCCAACCGAAUAAUGCUCGUCAGUUGCUCAUCAUUCUCCAAAGGAACAACAGUCUCGUGAGGCUCAAUGGGAUGAUUCUCGAUUGUGGGAUAUUUGUGACUUUAUAUGCGUUAUAUAUCCUCCGUGAAGGCAGGGAGUCCAUUCCACAUACAUUUGAUGCCAGCAAGUGUAGAAUGAACAUUUGCCACACUGUUGUGCAAGCAUCGAGAGAUGUACGUGAAGAGGGCGAAGUAACCUACACAGGGGAAGGAGAUUAUCAUAGUAUAAAAGAAGACUGAAAAAUGUAAAUGCAGUUGAUGCUGUAGUUUGUACAUGUUACAAAUAUUAGUAUUUUCUGCUGAA